AUGGUAGCGUUCGGCUGUCUGGAAAGACCCAUCGCCAAUUUCUUUUACAAAUAUGGAAUGUUUGUAUCAAAUCACCCUUUCCCAUUUAUAGCUUUUCCUUUGCUAUUGACAAUGUACUUCAGCACAGGAUUCUUACAUUUGGAUCCGUUAACAGAUGCCGUUUAUUUAUAUACACCAACCGAUGCUCCUUCUAAGGUUGAACGUCAGAUAAUUCAUGACCUAUGGCCUUUGACUGAAGAGAACUAUGUGCCGGGUCGCACUGUAACUCAGAACCGAGAAGCUCAGUUGACAGUGGUAGCUCGUAAUGAUGGAAAUAUUCUGUUGCCUGAAUAUACAAAAGCUAUUCAGCGUCUUGACUCUUAUAUUCAAAACAAGAUUAAAGUUAACUUCCGAAAUCGUACGUAUACAUACAAAGAUUUAUGCUUACGCUGGAAGCAAAAGGGAUGCCACUCAAAUGAACAUGUAAGCAUCAUCUCCCAACUAUACAAUCAUGGUAUAAAUAUCACGUUCCCUACUUUCCGAAUGGGGUCCAAAAGUGGAUACUUAGGAUCAGCUCUGGGAGGAGUAACUUUAGGGCGCGAUGAUUCUGGUCAAGUUUUGUUAGCAUCUGCCCGAGCGUGGAUUCUCAUUUACCAAUUAAAGUUUUAUCCAUCGAAUGUGUCUUAUGUAUCUGGCAUCUGGGAAAACACUUUUAAACGACAUAUGGAUGAAUAUCCGGCUGACCCUUAUAUAUCUAUUACGUACUUUCAUUCGCAAACCUUAGCAGAAGAGUUGAAGAAAAAUGCUGAUAGUUUGGCUCCGAGGUUUAUCACAGCCUUUGUUAUACUGAUUACUUUUUCUGUGUUUUGCUCCAUGGUUACAGUAAGAGGUACUCUGUUUAUUGACUGGGCUUUAUCGAAGCCGAUAGUUUCCAUUAUUGGCGUUUUUAAUGCUGGGAUGGGAAUAGCUAGUGCCAUGGGUAUUUUGAUUUUACUUGGUGUGCAGUAUAAUGACAUCGUUGCUGUAAUGCCGUUUCUGGUUGUUGCUGUGGGAACUGAUAACAUGUUUCUGAUGGUUGCCUCAGUGAAGAAAACUUCUCGAGCGUUGAGCACUCAAGCGAGAAUGGCAGAGUGCAUGGCUGAAGCGGCUGUUUCUAUCCUCAUUACCGCAUUAACAGACGCCUUUUCUUUCGGUGUUGGAACCAUAACGACCAUUCCAGCUGUUCAGAUAUUUUGCAUAUAUACAGGAUUAGCGUUGGUUAUGACCUUUUUGUAUCAGAUCACUUUCUUCUGUGCUGUUUUAUCCAUAGCCACUCAAUGGGAAUCGGAAGGCCGUCAUUGUCUAUUACUUAAGCCUACGGUUCCACCAAAAGUCCAGAGCUCGUCAUCCCUGUGUUCCAAACUCUUCUGGAUGGGUUCGAGACCUCACCCGGAUGCGAAUCACAAACACAACACUAAAAAUUGUCAAGCAACCCAAUUUUUCCAAAAUUGGUACGCUCCCAUUUUGAUGCAACCGAUUGUCAAAGGGCUCGUCAUAAUUUGGUACUUUAUUUAUGUCGGCUUCGCCAUUUACGGAUGUUUACAUCUGAAGGAAGGUCUAGAGCCUGUGAACCUUCUGGUUGAUGAUUCGUAUGCAACUCCUCACUAUCAUUCGCUAGAAAAACAUUUUUGGCAUUAUGGAGCUACUCUGCAGAUUGUUGUGAACCGAGCUCCGGAUUUACGUGAACCCCUCACAAGACAACAUAUCAAAGACAUGGUCAGAGCCUUCGCUAAUACCAAGUUUUCUAUAGGCGAUGAAUCCAUUCAGUUUUGGAUGAACGAAAUGGAACGGUAUUAUGCUCUUGAAGUUAACACUACUCUGGCCGACGAGUCGUUCUAUCAAAUGGCCGCUCACUACUUGUACAGUCACGAAGAUGAUCCUUGGAUGGAAGAUGUCAAGUGGACUACGGACAAAACUGGUCGUACUUACAUUAAAGCGUUCCGUUUCUUGGUCGGAAUGAGAGAUAUUUCAUCUACCACUCAACAAUCUUCGGCUUGCGAUGAAUUCAGAGCGUUGGCAGAAAGGUACAAUCCAUACAACGUAACCACUUUCAUGCCACUCUGGCUCUUCACUGAUCAGUAUGCUCUUGUUGUACCUAACACGAUCCAAGAUAUCGUAAUCGCCGUACUCUGUAUGUUGUUUAUUGCUUUUAUGCUGAUCCCUCAACCUUUUUGCGCUCUCUGGGUAGCUUUUACUAUUGGAUCUAUUGACUUAGGAGUAUUAGGCUAUAUGACUUUAUGGGGUGUCAACUUGGACGCUAUUUCAAUGAUAACAAUUAUUAUGUCAGUUGGUUUCUCUGUUGACUAUUCAGCGCAUAUAACUUAUGCUUAUGUGGUUUCGAAGGAGACAGAUACUAAACUCAGAGUGAAAGAUGCACUUCGUGAUUUGGGGUGGCCAGUCGUGCAAGGAGCUGCAUCGACAAUCAUGGCAGUAGCUGUUUUAGCUGAUGUUCCCGCCUAUAUGAUAGUCACAUUUUUCAAAACUGUCUUCCUAGCAAUUUCAAUUGGACUGAUACAUGGGAUACUUUUUCUGCCCUUGAUGCUUUCGCUUUUUGUUAGAGGUUGCUGUAUUGUUAAGACUCGACACGACGAGGAACCACCGGUUCAUUCUAUCACAGGAACUGCAAGAAUCACACCAUCAAACUACUGCGCUCAAUAUGAGCCAAAAAGCACGAUUUCAUCUUCUUUGAAUUCAUCUGGAUCCUCGAGCACUUUCACGCCUUCUUUUUUGGCUCGUUCUACGAUGAGUCAGAGAACAACUCCUGUGUUAUCAAUAUCUUGUUCCCAACCAAUGUCCGAGUACAUGAUGCCAGAUUCAAGAUUCGUUGAUGGUUUCGAUGUUCCAUCCCCCCCUUCUUUCCCUCCUCCUCCACUUCCAGAUACUCAUCGUCGACAAAAUCUUGAAUAUGCCUCUGCAUACCUUCCAGAUUUCCCUAAUACGCCGUAUAGGUAG